ACUGAGACUUUGAGACGUACUCUUGUGGAAAAAAGUUGUUUUUCUUGUUUUUGUUUUUGUUUUUUUUGGUCUUAUUGUUUUGGAAAGGAAGGUGAGAAGAGAAGUAUGAUCUUUUUUGUUUUGAAAUGGGUGAGUUUGGUUGUGGAAAAUUAGUAAUAAUUGAUAUGCUUCCCCAUUUGUUUCUAUUAAAGAGGAGAAAUUUUCUUUUAUUUUCAAGUAUAUGUAGUUAUCUGACGCUAAUUUUAGUGUACAUUCUUCUUUGUGACUGUCUCUGUUCAGUGUUCUUUUUUAGUACUAAAUGUGUUUCUCACCAUUUACAAUCUUUGAAUGAAAAUCUAAAGCUCAUGACAAUGAUCCUUCGUAGCAGAGAAAGCCCUUUUCUAUAGAUCUAUAGUUGUCCAAUCCGUAGUUUGAGAUGUCACUACUUUAGUUCAUUGACCUCUUUGAGACUAGAAUGGAAAUCUCUAGUUGUACCAAUAUUAUUCUUGGUAGGCUGCAAAAGCUCGAGCCGGAGAAUGCUCAGAGGAUUAUGGGUUACUUGCUUCUGAGUCAUACACAAGAAGAAAUGAUCGAUUAUGCGAUUGGCCCCGAUAGCCAAAUUCAUGAACUGAUCAAUGAGGCCAAGACAUGCCUUGCGUCGUCUGUCAAUGUUGCUGCUUCAAGUCCUACUCAACCUCAUAAUCACUCGAUCUUUGGUCAAUAUGUGCCUUUUUCAUCUACUGUCUCCAGACCAUUCUCCUCCUCAUCAAGCCUCCGAGUUGCUGCUCCAAGUCCACUUUGGGAUGCUUAUGUUGCUUCUGAGCAACAACAAGAAGUGGCCAUGCCAAAUUUGGUUCUUGCACAUCCUUCAUCUGUCGAUUUUAGAAUAGAGGACCAGCCUGAAUAUUCAAGCCAUUAUCUCUACCAGGAUGCGGCAUUGGCAUGUAGUUUAGGUCCAAGAAGUGGACUGAGAUUGGCCUCUGGGCUUCAUGAAUAUCCUCUGAAACCUUGCCAUUACUACUACAAGGGAUUCUGUAGGAAUGGGAACAAUUGUAGGUACUUUCAUGGUCGAGAAAUUUCUGAUGGAUUCUCGCGAAGUAAUGGGCUCGACAUUAAUGAGACGGUUAAUGAAGAUCAUGCUUUUGGUUCUGGAUUGCUUGAGAAGUUAGAAAUGGAGAUAAGAGAACUUUUGCUAUCGAGGAACGGGGUGCCUAUUUCUAUAGCCUCAUUGCCACUAUUGUAUCAGGAAAAAUACGGCAAACCUCUUCAGGCGGACGGGUAUCAAACUGAGAGCCAACGGCAUAGGAAGGCUGGCUAUAGCUUGACAAAGUUGCUUGGUCGAUUAAAGAACGGCAUUCGUCUCGUUGAUAGACCACAUGGACAACACUCGGUGGUGCUAUCCGAAGAUGCUUUGAGAUAUAUGGAUUUGAGAAAUGAGAGGAAUGAACUUCUGGAAGCAGCUGCGUCGUCCUGUCAGAUUUAUCUUACCUUCCCUGCAGACAGUACAUUCAACGAGGAAGAUGUUUUGAAAUAUUUCAAUCAAUUUGGACCUGUUCGUGAUGUGAGGAUUCCCCGUCAGGAGAAGAGAAUGUUCGGUUUUGUGAGCUUCAUGUACCCUGAGACUGUGAAACUUAUUUUGUCGAAGGGUUUCCCGCAUUUUAUUUGCGGGUCACGCAUUCUAGUUAAGCCUUAUAAAGAAAAACCAAAGCUAAAUGACAGGCAGAAAGGGCUAUGGAGAGAAUGGAGCAUCAUCCAAUUUACAAUCCUUCUCAUUCUUUUGAAUCAGAUGUCGAGUCUCCCGACUCUAAUUCUAUACCGACAUCAUUUGGUAAAUCAAGAUUCCAGUCAUGGCUGGGCAUCGAAGAAACAUGAACAUGGAAUAGAGGAAGAGCGAAGACACCUACUCAACCUGCAGCUAAACCCUGUGACGCAUACACCAAAUAUCCGCUUUAGUCGUAGCUUGCAAGAUUUCAAAUUUUCCGACGAUUAUUUAAGCUCUCCUGGCACAGCAACUGGUUUUAGAGCAACAUCUACCGGGAAUAACCACAUCGAUCAAGACUUUGAUCAUAUUGAACUCCCCGACAGUCCCUUCACAUCUCCACAUUAGAACAAGAAGAAAUAUUACUUCUUUUCAGCUAUACAUCAAAUACAAACAUCGUCAUUUUGGCUCUUCAUACUCAAAUUAUUCAAUGAAACUUGCAAAUUUUGGUCAAGGUAUUGCUGAUUUUAUACAAGAAAAAAUAUAAGUUUCUAUAGGUACAGGUGCAACAGUUUAUUAAUUUUUUUUUACUGCAGUAACUUAGAACUGAUAGUGAAUGAACAUUGAAUCUUGUUUAUUUAGACUUUUGUGACAAAUGGACAUGGUUGAUGCCAAUGCAAAAUUAAACCAUAGCAAAUGAAUCUGUACAUUUAUAUGUUCAGAAAAAAAAAUGGCAAGUAAUGAAUUGUUCAA